AUGGAGGACUCUGAAAGUAUUUCUUCAGAACCGGACGUGUUUAUUCAAGAGAUAAACGAAACUUUAAGGAGGACACGUCUAAAUGACGCCUCUUUGGUUUCGGUUGUAGCGUUUGUAGGCUUUACUCGAAGUGGAACAACACCUAGCAUGGCUUCUGUUGCCAAUGCGAUCUUGGAAAGGAACAUUUUUGGCCAGACAGCGUGUUGUGUCGACCAAAAAUGUAAUUGUACUCAAAAACGGGCUAGUUUAUUGAUCGGAGAUGAUAAUAAUCACGGCUUGUGGAUUUAUACGGAUCAUAAGAAGAAUACUAUAUAUUUAUUACUUGAUUCUAUUAAUGAAUGGGCUUCAUUUCUACAAAUAUGGGAAAAGAUAGACGGCUUUAUUGAAAAUGGGAAAGAAUUUCAGGAUUGGUUAUGGAAACGGGAGCAUCUGUAUAUGAGAAUGCUGGUGUUUAUGUUCAUGGUUUCUCAUGUUGUAAUGCUAUCACUCCCAAUAUCCAAACUUGAUUCCAACAUGAUUUCUUUAUUACGUAUCGUUUCCUCUGUUAAACGGCACAUACUUUCUCACGCCUCUAAUUUUAUCAAUACAUGCUGGCAAAAUUGGGGAAUCCCUUCUCCUUAUGGAUCGACAAGUGGUGGUGGUUAUGGGGGGCGAGGAGGUACUCCACAAGGAGGUACAAUGGCCCCGGGAAGAUCUGUUCCAUUUCUUCUCUUUCUAUUUCAAGAAGUUCAGUUACCAGUCGUUACUCAUAAUGAUUCCAAUAAAUCGGAUACUGUCCAUGACAAGUCGGCGUCUAUUAGCAUCAAAAGAAUUAAAGAUGCAUUGCAAGCUCGCGUUCGUUUCCUCUUUCGUACUUGCCAUUUAGUACAAACCAAUGAUUUACAUGCGUCUUUUGACGGUCGUCAAUUGUUCACCCUUCCUCCACCUUCUUCCCAAUUCUUUGUUCACCUCAUUACUCGCGGAUCUACGGGAAACAUGCUGUCAACAGAUCCCGCUCUUGUCAUUCUUUCUGCAUCCAUAAAUUCUGAUCGAAACGAUACAAUUGAUAUAGAGGGAUUAUUGAAAAGAAGGCGGCUAGAUGCCAGAAGUACUGAGAAUUUUGAGAUUAAAUUGUUGAGGGAUUUCGCUAUUGGCUGGAUUAAAUGGGCGGGAACUGGAUAUCCGAGAAGUUUUGUGAAACGUGGUAUUGCAUCAAGCGAGUUGCCUGAUGCAAGACAAUGGGUAUCUGGUAUUAUUGCUCUUAAAAGAUUUUUAUUUGGACAGCUUCCGAAGGAAUUAAUAGAUCGCAAAGCUUCUAAUCUUGUGGAGGAUACAUUAACAAGACGCUUAAAGGAUUGUGUACAAAUUAAUAACAGAUUCUCGGCAAGUCAUUGUGCCCAGGUUUUGAGAAAAGCGGUUGAUGUAUAUUUAUUAGAAUCACCGACUUAUUAUACCAAGCAAUAUCAUGAAAUCAAACUAGAACAUGCCUUGGGUUUUUAUAUGUCAUCUGCACGUGGUCCAUGUGUUCAAGAAUAUGCACAGAAAUUAAGACUCGAAUGCCAGAAUAUAUGGGAACAUGGAAGACAGAAAUGCGAGUAUGAAAGUCUUACAGGACAUCAAUGUGUCUUGGGGGCAAAUCAUGAUACUGAUUCUAAAACAGAUGAUGAAGUAAAAAAAUUUGUCAAACAUAGAAGCGCCUUUCAAACGCUUCAUGCAUGCAAUUGUGGAAGGACUCGACGAGAAAGAGAAGAUCCUUUCGAUCUUAUGGAGGCAAACGUCAUAUUUUUUAAAUUUGACGAUUGUUGUCAAACUGAAGACGAUAACUUGUUUCAUUUACCUCUUGUUAAAAACAAAUCAUCCGAUAAAAGUAUGUGGUCUCUCAUUCACCUUGGGUCAAAUGCUAUUUAUGAUCCAAAAGUAGGUUUAGACAAAUGGGAUGGAUUUGUAACAAAUGCAAAUUUCCUUCUACCCUGGAAUAUCAUUGUAUCCGAGCACAAUCAAGAGGACACUACACAAGUUAAGGAUGUAAAUGGAUUAGGAACAGAUGCGGCGGAUUUGCAUAAUAUAAAUGGUGAAGUUGAAGAAAAAGAUAUUUCCAUUUUGCAAAAAAAAGAAACUUUCAACGUUGACGUGGGCAAGAUUACAAUUAAUGAUUCAACAGAUUGGCCUUUGUUAACUAGUGAAAGUACUGCACAAUCCUGGAUGGCACAGUCGGAAUUUAACGAUGACAUUUUGCAUUCGAAUGAAAAUGUUCAACAGAUAUCUCGUGAUGCUAAUAAUUUUCAGUCGUCUUCAAGAGAUUCAAAAAAUGGCGAUUACUUAAAAGAUAAGCGAAGCAGGCGAAACACAAGAACCGCACAAAAAAAGGAACGCGAAAAAACGUCUGCAAGCACAUUACUCAAUAAUCAAAAUUUUAGUCGAGGUUACGUUGGUGUUGAAUACGAAUGUCCUAAUGGACAUAGAUUUAUGAGUUGUGGAGAUGGACAAGUUUGCAAACGUGGGCAUAUCAAUCAUACUCAGGAAUCCGCAAAAGAUCUUUUAGACAAAGAUUUACCAAUCUUUAUUUUAUGCCCUUGUAAUAACACUUUGAAUGGACCACCCACUAUUACGGCACAACUACAAAGAAUCAUAAUUAUAACCCCAGAUUCACAUUUAUCAGUGAUUCUGAACCCUUCGAUCAAGGAUUCUAAUAAUCAAGAUGUUGAAGUGUCCCCAAUUGUGAAUCUUGAUGACAAACAGCAAACACAAAUCAAUGAGAUUAUUUUACCCAGUAACAGCAUGACAGUUUUGCGUUUACCGUAUCCUUUUUUUAAUAAUCAAUCAACCAGUUUUAUUGUCGCUGAAAAAAGUAUAAUGACGUCUUUACAAAAGAUAAGUAGUGGCUCGCCCAUUAAAGUUGACAAAGAUAUUACGAAACGUCUAUCUUCGCUUUAUUUGGCCAAAAACUUUAUAAUCGCAGAUAAGCGUUCCUCCUUGCCUUUUAAAGAGGAAGAAGCGUCUAGCAUUACGAGAAAAAGGACUCAAAGGCGGCAAAAAAUCGAAAGAUUGUGA